AUGUUGCGUUUAAUGGCGUGGAUCCAGGCCUCCACGAUUGCUGGCAAUUCGCUGUACUUGUCGGCGCUCCCGCGUCUGCUUUCCAAGGAUGUUGGAUGUCCCAAGUGGCAGACAGCUUCGAGGGAGCACUGUUACUGA